AUGUCUCAGGUAUAUAGUAACUCCAAUAAUGAGUUCAUAUUUGGAGAAAAUGGAGGAAAAGGGAAGCAUUUAUCCUCGUUUCUAAAAAACCUAUCAUUAACAGGUUCCUCAAACUCAACCUCAAAUCCAAGUCCAAAAGGCAAUGAUCAUUAUAAUGAUAUCAAUAGUAACAUAUACGGAAGUCUAUCAUAUGGCUCUAGUUCGCCAAAUGAGAAAAAUGUUGAUAAUAGCGGGUCUAUUAAGACACCUAACUUCAAGAGAUCACCUUACCAACGAUCUGUUUCGGGCCCAGUAGGAGCAUCGUUUUCACAUUUGGCGUCAACUCCUGGUGACAAGAAGGGUUCGAGUAACUCUAAUACCAAGCAUGGCCUGUCAACGCCAUACAAGAAUUUGGGCCUGCAUCCGUCAGCUGGCCUUAAAAGUGGACACCGUACAUUUUCAGGUCGUCAAAGAUAUACCGAUUUGGAUGACGAUUGGGAUGCAGACUUGGAAGAAGUAUCUGUACCCUCGCAGAAUAGGGGGUCUCUAGAAAACAAGAAUUUGUCAAGAGUAAAUACAGAUAAUGCGUCGGCGAACUCAUCGAUGAAUUCAUUAACCUUGCAGCCAAGUCCAAUGCUUGAUUCAUUGCACCCUGACUUAACAAUUCCUAUAAAUACACAUAGCAAUAAGGAUACUUCCAACAAAGAAUCCCUAGAUUAUGACGAUUUACAAACAAAGUUAGAGAUUAACAAAUUGAACCAAUUAAAUGUAAAAUAUUCCAAAUUCCAUAAAAUGAUAACCGAUGAUACUAAUAUAGCAAUCCAAGACUUGAGACGACUUUCAUGGAAUGGAAUCCCCCCUGAAUUGAGAGCUAUCACAUGGCAAAUACUAUUGGGUUAUCUACCAACUAAUAAAUCUAGACAAAGUUCAACAUUAAAAAGAAAAAGAGAGGAAUAUUUAGAUGGAUUGAGUGUUGUUAGCUCACAAAUUAAAUUUUCGGAUGAUUCUCCGUCAAAUAGCUCGUCAACAUCAAUUGCGUCUGUAAGUAAUAGUAACAGUAAUCGCGAUAAACAGCUUUAUCACCAGAUUAAAAUUGACGUUAAAAGAACCAAUCCUACUAUAAAAUUAUAUGCGUAUCCUGAAACGCAGCAAUCGCUUAGAAAAAUCUUAUUUUUAUGGGCUGUAAGACAUCCUGCUAGUGGAUAUGUACAGGGUAUUAAUGAUUUGUGUACUCCAUUUUAUCAAAUUUUCUUGAGUAAUUAUAUAUGGCAGUUACAGAAAGUAGCUGCAUAUCGCCAAAACCCUAGUGAGGAUUGUGAUAUGCAAUUAUUUAUACCUGGUUUACUAGAUGAUUCAGAUGAUAAUGAGCAAAAGUUGCUAAAUGAUCCAAAUCUAAUGAACUACAAUAUUGGUAAUUUUAAUCCUGCAAAAUUAUCGUCAAGAAUCAUGUCUAUUAUUGAGGCAGAUACAUAUUGGUGCUUGUCUAGGGUAUUGGAGAAUAUUACAGAUAAUUACAUUCAUGAACAGCCUGGCAUUAUUAGACAGGUCAAUGAUUUGCGUAACCUAAUAUCAAAAAUAGAUCUAGAAUUGUUGCAACAUUUUGACAACGAAGGCGUUGAAUUCAUUCAAUUUGCCUUCAGAUGGAUGAAUUGUCUCCUUAUGAGAGAGUUAUCCAUUCCCUUGAUUAUUAGGAUGUGGGACACUUACCUUAGUGAAUCACCAUUGGGUUUUAAUAAUUUCCAUAUUUAUGUCUGUGCAGCAUUUUUAAUCAAAUUUAGUGGUGAAUUGAAGCAUAAAGACUUCCAGGAGAUUUUACUUUUCUUGCAAAAUCCUCCUACUAAUUGUUGGACUGAAAAAGACAUUGAGCUAAUGUUAAGUGAAGCAUUCAUUUGGCAAAGUUUGUAUAAAAACGCCAGUGCCCAUUUAAGGUAA